AUCGAACUUGUGUUAUUUCGUCAACAUUAUGCAACUGUUUGUUGGAUUGACUUUCAGGUUGUAAUCAGGCCAACACCGAAUUGUUCGAGGACACCGGAAUGGUACAAAAUGACCGUUCCGAAGAAUAGUGCAGAUCAGACGUUAAAGAUAAGGAUAGCGAUUCGUGUUGAAAAACCACCAAAUCUCAAAUAUUGCGGGUAUUGUUAUGCGAUGGGGAGGAUAGCAUGGAAGAAGUGGAAAAGGAGGUUCUUUUGUCUUGUACAGGUUUCUCAGUACGCGUUCGCAGUGUGCAGUUAUCGCGAAAAGAAAGCAGAUCCUACCGAGUUCAUCCAACUGGAUGGAUUCACUAUUGAUUAUAUGCCCGAACCAGAUCCUGGUAUGCCAUUUGAUCUUGUUACGAUCGCUGUUCACAUCAAAUUUUAUGCUUUAGAGCUUUACAAUCAAGGUGGAAAACAUUUCUUCACAGCAAUAAAAGAAGGUGAUGAAUUGAAGUUUGCGACCGAUGAUGAAAAUGAACGACAUCUUUGGGUACAGGCACUCUAUCGUGCAACUGGACAAGCCUAUAAACCCGUUCCACCGAAACAAUCUUCCGCGGUACCCUCAAAAGCGCAAGGUUUUGCCGAUAAGGCGAGU